UUCCAUCCUGAUUCCAGUGCCCAUGCCUAUGCUUCACAAUGCGUUGGCGCAGGGAGGAAUGCACUGGAGGAGAUGUGCCGCACCUCGCGAAUGUCGCUGAGGGCCAGGACUCCCCGGUGAGGCUUCGACGUUGGGAGAAGUCUUCGCAGAAAGUUCCUAGCGACACAGUGGAGAGCGGUGGCUACCCCUUUGGACCGGGGAGUCAUACGGCAGAGGCUUUAGAUGCUUUUCGACGCGAUGAUGAAGGUGAAUCUCUGAUGGGUGGACAACGGAAGAUGUACUUCAGCACCCUGGACGAUUCCAUGAAGGAGCAGGGCCUGACGGACGUUGACCCCGGCCCCAGCGUGGCUGCUAGCGCCCCGAGCGGCGUGCCCAGUGGCGCCAGCGCCCGGUCGCGGCGCCGGGCGCGGCGCCGGGCGAAAGCGUCGCCAGAGACGCCCGGGGGAUGUGUUGUCCUAAUCCGUGAAGAUUGUCGACUGCACGACAAUCCUGCUCUGCACACCGCCGCAGAAAUGCACGAAUGGGUGGUGCCCUUGUACGUGCACGAUGAUGCUGAUCCAUCCCCCUGGCCGGUGCGUGGAGCAGGGCUGUGGUGGCGACAUGAGUCGCUGAAGUUUUUUGACAAGUCUCUGCAAAGCAUUGGGAGCCGCAUCGUGUACAGGAAAGGCAACCUUGUUGAGCAGGUCAUGGAUGUGAUCUUAAGCAGCGGAGCCAAAGCCUUGCACUUUAACCUCCAGUUAGAGCCUUGGCACCACGACCGGGACCUUGCCUUGGAAUCUGCUGUGGUGUCUGUGGGUUUGGACGUGCGAAAGUUCACUGCCAUGGUGAUGAAAUUUGAACCCUGGGAGGCCAAGGGCCAAGGCCCAACGAAGCGCCCGAAGCGCGAGCCGCUGCCGCCCCUGCGACGCCUGGUGUCGCCCAAGGACUGGCCGUGGUCCAUGGAGCUGGCAGAGCUGGGCUAUGGUCGAACAGGUGGCAGGAAGAUUCCUCCCGGCUUCCGGCAAUUCAACGAGAAGCGGCAGGCAAUGCUCAAUGCCAACCUUGCGGAUCCAAAGGAGGAUGACUGGGCCCAUGAGAUGAAAAGCUUUUGGCCAAUGGGCGAACAUGCGGCCAUGCGACGACUGGAAGAGUGGUUGAAGGAUGCAGCGUGGGGUUGCUACUUCCCACCAGGCCUACACCCCAAAGACGAGGUGGGUGGCCGCUUUCGAGCUGACAAGGCUUGGACGGCGAUGCUGAGUCCAUACCUACGCUUUGGAGACCUCUCUCCCAGAUAUGUCGAUUGGCGCGUUUGCCAGGUGUUGCCCCAGGAAAUGCGGCAUCUUUUCCUAAAGCGCGUGGUAUGGCGAGACAAGGCCUACUCGCAGCUUUAUCGAUGCCCAGAUUCUCAUUCAGUGAGUAUCCGGCCGCACUAUGAGCAUGAAACCUGGAGCGGUACCCGGCUGCAACUGCGCCGCUGGCAACGGGGCGAGACGGGCUUUCCACUGGUGGAUGCGGCCAUGCGACAGCUGUGGAAGGUUGGGUGGAUGUGCAAUCACCUUCGCCAUGUCACGGCGCAGUUUCUGAUCGAGCACUUGGACCUCAGUUGGAAGGAUGGUUUCGCAUGGUAUGACUACACCUUGGUGGAUACCGAUGUUGCCAUUAAUGCCAUGAUGUGGCAGAUGGGCGGUCACUCUGGCAUUGGCUCCUGGAACUUUGUGAUGCAUCCCAUCUAUGCUGGAAAGAAGGUGGAUCCAGAGGGCCAUUUCGUGCGUCGCUGGCUGCCUGAGCUGCGACACCUUCCAACGGAGUACAUUCAUUGCCCCUGGGAGGCGCCGGCCGGGACUCGCAUCUCCGCACAAGUUUUAGUGAAUGGUGCCUAUUGGCAGCGUGUCAUUGAGGACUUGAUCUCCGCCAGGCUUCAGCACCAAAGGAAUGUGAUUGCAGUCCGCAAGCGCUUUCCUGAGUACGUGGACAAGGAUGGAAACGAAGUGAUCCGCCUAAAGAAUGGGCAAGUCUUGCACUUGGAUGUGCGAGACGACAUCCGCGAGAAUGACGAGGAGAACAUCACCCUGAUGAUGACUGCGGAUGACCCCCGCAGUGCCAUUCGCCGCAACCUGGGCACCACCAAAGGUGUGCAUUCUGGCAUGAUCUACGAGGAGGCCAAGAAGUUCGAAGCGCUUUAUGAUGCCUUCGACGGUGCGCCAAGAAGGCCGCAGCUGACUCGCUCAAGAGACCGUGCCAAAGAACGCGCUUUGAGAAGAAACCAACAUGGAGAGCUAAUAGCCGGUGCUUGAUCCAUGGCCGAAAGUGGUUCAUAGCCAUUUUCAACUGCGCAAAACAAGGAACAACAUGGAACAACCAUGUUCAGGUAGAUCUAGGCCUUACAGGUUCCCCAAUCAACUCAAAUUUGGCUCGCCUGUGGUUUACAGAGGCUUGCCCUGUGUACAGUUCCACUGACAACUCUGGGCCUGGUUGCAGUGAUUUGAGCUCCAAAUUCUUUAACAUUCGCAGCACAUCAAACUUGGUGUCAAGCACAUUUUCGGAGCCACUCGUCUGAAAGGCUUCAAUUUGCAGAAAAAG